CACAGACAAAAGCCCUCAUCGUGAGCUGGAUUGUAGAAUUUCAGCCGAAACUUCAACAAGUUUUCUACAAUCGCCUCAUCUCGCUCCCCACCAACAACAACAAAGCAUCCACCCUCGCUCACUUCUUGCUUGCUUGCUCGCUCGCUUGUGUUGCUUGUGUUGCUUGUGACUUUUAUUGAACACGAUGGAGGAGGUGGCGGCGUGGUUGGAGGCGAUCAAGCUUCCCCAGUACGUGGAAAACUUCAAAGACAACGGCUACGACGACCCUUCCAUCAUCACCAGCCUGGACGAUGUGGAUCUGGAACACAUUGGCGUCGCACUGCCUGGACACCGCAAGCGCAUCCUCGUGCAAGCUGCCCGGUAUUCUCCCGAAGAAGUGCAGCGAUUGAACCAAGUCAAGGCAAGCCAACAACAACAGCAACAACAACAACAGCAGGGCAAGCCGGCAGCCAAGCCCCGGCCGCAGCCUCGCUCGCGCCAAUCAGAGAGCGAUGGCAAAGACUCGCGAUCGCCCAACGACAGCCUGCCCGCCGUUCCCUCAGCUACAAAGAGCAGCAACAGCAACAACAGCAACAGCAGCCCGUUUGGUCGCCCGCUCAGCGUCGUCAACGAUACGCCCGAGGAUGUUGCGAUUCAGCAUGAGGGCACGGCUGUGAUCCGCCCGCUGGCCAUCACAUCUGUGGUUACUGCAAAGGAGGUCAUUGACAUGUUCGUCAAGGCCACCACCCCCAUGAAGACCGACCCAGACAACGUCUGGACUCUCUUUGAGACGUUUGAGAAUCCGCCCGUUGAGCGCCGUCUUCGUCCAAACGAAUUCGUCCUCAAGUCAAAGCGCAACUGGCCCAAGACGGAGGGCUGCCGCUUUCUCCUCCGCGAAAUGCCAACUCGUCUCCUCGGCCAGGCCGACAGCAACAAAACCGGGAAGCUUGACAAGCGGGGCGGGCGACACAAGAGCUGGAAGAGCCGGUUCUUCGCGAUGCAGGACACCAAAAUCAACUACUACUCAAAGCUGCCAACCAGCACCAAGCAGCAGGAAAACCCAGUCGGUGCGUAUGUGUUUGUGAACCAUCUUGUGUACAACGUCAAGUACUACAAGAAGGCGCCCCGCCCACAUCUCUGCUUCUGUCUCCGGCCCAUCAAGGAAAACGCCCCCGUCUGGCCCGACGGAGACGCAAAGGAGGUGUACGACGAGUUUGACAACGGGUGCAAGUUCAUCUGCGCGAAUUCCGAGGAGGAGCGUGCAGACUGGGUCGCCUCCAUCCUCAAGCGGCAACAGGACCUUAUUGACCAAGGCGCCGUGUACGGCACUGCUGAGAUGCCCAUGCCUCAGAGCUUUGAGAAUGACGACGAGGAUUGAGGGGAACACCAACACACACACACACACACACAACGCACACACACACACACACACACACACACACACACGCACACACACA